AUAAAACACUAUCAUCGGUUGUUUGGGUAUCUUAAUGCUAUAUUGGUGUUUCUUCUAUAAUGUUCUUAAGUGACAUAUGCAGAUGUCAUAUUGGAAACAUGCAAAAACGAUGAAAAGCAUAGUUACAUUGACGUCACGGACACCUGUCUAAUUUAAUUUAUCAAUACACAAUAACUGAUGACGUUUACACACGGAAGUGCAUAAUACAGAGAAAAUGGACGAAAGAGAGUGAAAAAAUACAAAACAAUGAUUUUACGCCUGAUCUUUUAAAAUAAAAGUUAAGUUGCCUUUAGGUGUUAACGUUCAAAACAAAUUAACGUAAUAGUCGUUGUGUACAAUAUGGGGGCAUUUUCAAGCACACUUGGACGGAGAAACGGCGAUGUAGAAGUACUGGACAUAACGUCCAACAAUGCCUACAAAUAUCCUCCAAAAUCUGGUAAUUACUUUGGUACCCACUUUAUCAUGGGUGGGGAGAGGUUUGACAUGUCACAGCCAGAGUCUUACUUAUUUGGAGAGAACACAGAUUUAAACUUUCUUGGAUGUAAGCCUGUUCCGUUUCCUUAUCCACCAGCCUCAGGGAAUGAGCCGACAAAAACUCUGAAGAGCCUUGUUAAUAUAAGAAAAGAUACCCUUAGACUUGUCAGGAUUCCAGAAGUAGAAAAAUUGCAGCCUGAUGAGAAGGAUGAAACAUUGAAUAACAAAUACAACUUGGAAUUUACAUUUGAUUGUGACGUGAAAUGCUCAGUCAAGAUUAUGCUUUUCUGUUCAGAGGAAAUUGCUAAUGGACAGAUCAAUUACCAUCCCAGGGAUCCAAGUCUUACUUCAGAAAGUUUUCAUUACAAAAGAGGGGCCACUCAGUUAUUUCAACAGUCUUCAUAUGUAAUAGAUCCAUCUAGAUUCACAGAGGAAGAGCUACAGUAUACACAAGACAAAGAGGAGAUACCAGUUGUUAUACAGUGUAUAGCAGAAGAUGAUGAAAAUUCAAUGCAUGCACACAUGACAUUUGCCCUGAUAGAACGGAGCUCACUAGAUGGAUGCUAUGUCAUUAAGCCGCUUAAACAGAAACAGUUUGUACAUGGACUUUGUUACCUACUACAAGAAAUCUACGGUAUUGAAAACAAGAGCAAUGAAAAAGUCAAGGAUGAAGAUGGAGAUGAAGAUGAUUUAGAAGACAGUGGUGCUGAAUGUGUCAUCUGUAUGUCUGACAUGCGUGACACACUGAUUCUGCCAUGCAGACAUUUAUGUCUGUGUAGCACAUGUGCAGAGUCACUGAGGUACCAGGCCAGUAGUUGCCCUAUAUGUAGGUCGCCAUUCAGAGCAUUGCUUCAGAUAAGGGCGAUGAGACGGAAACAGGCUGUUGCUCUACAACAGCCUGGAGAUCAAACAAUGGAAGAAACAGCAGUCAGUCAGGAAGGUGUUCCCCCUGGAUAUGAAGCUGUCUCUCUCAUAGAAGCUUUGAAUGGCCCCUGUGGAUUACCUCCCUUAAACACGAUGGAAGGGAUCCAUGUACCACCUCCAUCAAGGUUCCAGACAGACACAGAAUCUCGACAUAAAAGAAGAUCUAGCAAAAAACGUGGGCUUCAUGUGGAAACAGUUAAAGAGUUAAUGAUGAGUGAAGAUGAUAAAAAGAUACCGGAAGAUAAAGAUGGGGAACGUACAGACACAUCAGUGAAAACUGAAUCGUCUGUACCCCUUGCUGAACCUGCAAAAUCUCCCGCACAGAAACAGCGAAAUAGAUCUGGCAGAUUGCGGAAGGUUGGAACGGGAGACAACACCUCAUUGCCAAGGUCACCGUCGUCUGAUCAGGAGAAAGAGGAAGAUACGCUUCACAUGGUGAAUGAAGUCAAAAAUAUACCGAGGAGAACAGAUGUGCCAGAGGUAGAAGGUGAUGGUCCUACUGAACUUACUGUUCCUUAUCCACACCUGACCGUUUCAUCAGAAAAUUUAGCAGACGAUGAGCGAGAAGACACGUCAGAAGGAGAAAUUGAGCCAGAUCCAGACUACGAUCUAGAUGAAGAAUGUUGUGCAAUUUCAGAAGAGAGGCUGGACAGUAUUGCGAGUGGCCCUGAGCUGACAGAAACAAUAUCAGACUCGGCAUUUAACCCACCCCCUGACUACGCCACAGUGAUGUGUGAAGACUCGGCAGCAGGUGACACUGAGAUAGACACUGACGACGGUGCAGCAAUUAUACCAAUAAAAUUACAUCUUUCGACAUCCCAACCAAGUAGUACAGACUCUGGGAGCAGCAAUCACAGUUCUCAUGUGCUUUUGCCACAGUCACAUGACCAAGAUCAUUGAAAUCUGAAAUAAACAAUCAAAACUAACUUAUUUAUUAGCCGCAGACUGUUCAUUUGAGAUUUAAACUCGACUAUUUUAAAAAUUUUAAAAGCUUUUGUUCUUACAUUUGCAUAGGUGUCAGCAUAACUUUCCUAUCACAAAAUUUUGUGAGCAGGUUUCUCAGAAUUAAUUUGACUGGAUGCUUCCAUACUCACCAGAAGUGUUUGAGAUGAUCUCAUAGAGUAUGUUUCAUAACACUAGCUAACAUUUUGUCAAAACUAUGCUUCUUUGUAAUGUAAGAUCUUGUGAAAGUUUUACAUGUAAGCAUGUUACUCAGAAAUUACUUGACAAAAUGUUUCAAAUAUUUUGGUAAAAUUAUGCCCCUCUUUCACUUAAAAUUUUGGUGGAAGUUUUGAAUUUAAUCAGGUUUCUUAGGAACUAUGGUACUGAAUCCCUUUAAGUUUGUAUUGUCAGUAGUGAGCUUAUAAAUGUUAACAAUCAGUUUAAGUACUUUGUAAAUUUGGUGGAAUUUAUUUGAUGUUAAACAAAUGUUGGACAAAAUCUGCAGGGAAAAACUUAUGGGCCAAAAAUUUUGUGUAUUUACACAUCACAUUUUUUACACGCAUAGGCAUAAUCUGCUUUAUGUUAUUUUUUUGCAACUUACACGUACAUUUACCUAAAGAGAAAUAUAAACUCAGUUGUAGUAUUACUUUAAUAUGAAUUGAAAACAGAGUGAAACACUGCUUGUUAGAGUGUUAACGGCUUUAGCACCGGGAUCACACACACAAUUCUUUCGGGUCUGACCAUUCUAUGAAUCACUGAAAACCAUGGAAAAGCAUUUUGCUCGUCAGCUUUCAUCCUGGAGUGAAUUGUGUUGAAAUGUUUUGUAUUUUAUUCAUUUUAUUUUGAAAAGUCAGUGUGCCAGUGGAGAAGGAAAUGACAUCUAUUAAAAAAUGACAGGACUUUGAUUAGGGGAUAGGAAUUGCUCCAAUAUUCCACUGUGAAAGAUGGACUGGUUGUGACGACAUAUAAAAGUUGCUGAAAAAUUACAUUAUUUAAGAUUAUAUGUCUUUUAUUUUGAAAUUAUGUUAUAUAAUUGGAAAAGCGUUGCUAGAUAUAAGUGCAUUAUUUGUUUGUUUGUGUAAUGAAAUUAUGAGAUUUCAUUUUCAUGGAAAUGAUGCAUGUUAAAACAGUAUGAUACUGUGCUUAUUGCAUGUUUACCAGGAAUAUAUUAGUAAUAUUCGGAUAUUAACACUUUUGGAAAAACAGCAUGGAAUUGUAGUAGAAUUUAUUCAUUAGUCUUACAGUAACCAUCAUCUAGACUUAUUCCUUCAUUGUUUUUGUUGAGGGGGAUCAGAAGUCCAUGUCUCUAGCUUGACAAUCUGUCAAUCAUCAAACCUUACAUAAGGAUUGAUUUAGUAAGGGGCGGAAAUGGUUAGUUUUUGAAACAGGUACUUCAGAGGUCAAGGUCACUUGGUUAAGAUUUGUGUUGGUUUAAGUAUUAUAGCACCCUUCUCAAUUUUACCUUUAUAACUCAUAACUGGUAUCUUUCAUACCCCACUUCUAACACCUACCUCACUAGCUUGUUAACCCGCCUCACCUAUUAUACAUAAAAAGUCAUUCCUCACACUAACUUAUUUUCUUUCCUAAAUUCCCUCAUACCGACCUCCCCCAC